AGAGAGGAAUCUUCCAUUGUAAUCUGUAGAAAGCGCCUCCCAAAACCGACUUUUUAUUUUUUCUGAGAGUCCACACACAAACAGUUGGGUCUCCCUCUUUCUCAUUUUCUCUCUCUCCUUGGUUCGCUUUCUUGCUUUCUCUUAUGAAAAAAGCACAAGCUUCCGUGACGCAAAAUCUGUAAAACUCUUUUGGGUGUUUGGGAACCACCAAGUAAGGAAGAAAUAGAGAGAGAGAGAGAGAAAGAGAGAGCACCUGCCAUGGCGGUGUCCGUACAGAAACAGACGAGUCAUCUGUGGGACACCGUGCUGGAACUGACCAAGUCGGCUCAGGACAGGAACAGCGACCCGCUCAUUUGGGCGAUUCAACUCAGCUCCAGUCUCAACUCAGCUGGGGUUUCCUUGCCUUCGGUUGAGCUAGCCCACCUCCUUGUUUCCCACAUCUGCUGGGCUAAUCACGUGCCCAUCACGUGGAAGUUCCUUGAGAAGGCCUUGGCCAUCAAGAUCGUCCCUCCCAUGCUCGUCCUCGCUCUCCUUUCCGUCAGGGUCAUUCCAAAUCGACAGCUCCACCCUGCGGCAUACAGACUUUACAUGGAGCUACUUAGGAGACACGCAUUUUCACUUGCUUCUCAAAUAAAUGGACCAAAUUAUCAAAAGAUUAUGAAUUCCAUUGAUGAUGUUCUUCAUCUUUCCCAGCUAUAUGGUCUUCAAGAGCGUGAAGCUGGAAUCAUUCUUGUUGAGUUUGUGUUUUCAAUUAUAUGGCAAUUACUUGAUGCAUCAUUAGAUGAUGAGGAGUUGCUGGAACUUACCCCAGACAAGAAGUCUAGAUGGGCAAUUAGGCCACAAGAUAUGGAAAUAGAUGGUCAAGAUUGCUUUAGUGAGAAAAGAAGUGAAAUCAGUGAAGGUCUACAUAAAGCAAAUACUUCAAUGGCUAUUGAGAUUAUUGUAGAGUUUCUGAAAAAUAAAGUUAUCGCAAGGAUUCUUUUCUUGGCACGUCGAAAUGUGCCAUCACAUUGGUUAGGUUUCACUCAGCAUCUGCAAUUACUCGCAGUAAAUUCAUCAGUUAUAAGAAGUUCAAAACAUAUAACUCCAGACAGCCUUCUGCAGUUGACAUCUGAAACACGUAGAGUUAUGUCUCGGGCAUGCAAAACGAUAUCACAGAAAGAUUUUCAUGCAGUCUUGUGCACUGGGACUUUAGUAUCUUCUCCUUGUCAAUCUCAUGGAAUUAGUAAUUCAUCACUUUGGCUUCCUAUUGAUCUGUUUCUUGAAGAUGUUAUGGAUGGAUCACAAGUAGCAGCUACUAGUGCUGUUGAAACUCUUAUCAGUUUGGUAAAGGCUCUGCAGGCAGUUAAUGGCACCACAUGGCAUGCUACAUUCUUAGGCUUAUGGAUUGCAGCACUUAGGCUAGUUCAGAGGGAAAGGGAUCCCAGUGAGGGUCCUGUGCCUCGCCUUGAUACCUGCUUAUGCAUGUUAUUGUCUAUCACGACACUUGCGGUUACUAAUAUUGUUGAGGAAGAGGAAAGUGAAUUGCUAGAGGAAACUGAACGUAGCCCUACUAACCAAAGGACAGAGAAACAGGCCAUGGGACAGCGUCGCAAGGAGUUAAUUACCAGCUUACAGCUACUAGGUGAUUACGAGGGCUUGCUGACUCCACCUCAAUCUGUUAGUUCAGCUGCCAAUCAGGCUGCAGCGAAAGCAAUGAUGUUCAUAUCAGGCCUUACAGUCGGCAAUGGAUACUACGAAUGUGUUAGUGUGAAUGAUAUGCCAGUAAACUGCAAUGGAAAUAUGCGUCAUCUGAUUGUUGAGGCUUGUAUUGCGAGGACUUUAUUAGACACAUCAGCAUAUUUCUGGCCAGGCUAUGUGAGUGCAUGUACUAAUCAAGCGCCUCGCAAUAUGCCCACUCAACUGGCUGGUUGGUCAUCAUUAAUGAAGGGGUCCUCUCUAACCCCAUCAAUGGUAAAUGCUUUGAUUGCAAUGCCAGCUUCUAGCUUAGCAGAGAUCGAGAAAAUAUAUGAGAUUGCAGUCAAUGGUUCAGACGAUGAGAAGAUAACUGCUGCUAACAUACUAUGUGGAGCAUCUCUAAAUCGUGGUUGGAGUAUUCAGGAGCACACCUGUCUUUUUAUCAUAAAAUUGUUAGCACCCCCAGUUCCUGCAGAUUACUCGGGAAGUGAUAGCCAUUUGAUCAGCUAUGCUCCAUUUUUCAAUGUUCUUCUGGUUGGGAUAUCAUCUAUUGAUUGUGUUCAGAUCUUCUCCUUGCAUGGAUUGGUUCCACUACUUGCAGGAGCACUGAUGCCCAUCUGUGAGGUUUUUGGGUCAAGUGUUCCCAAUAUAUCAUGGACUCUUACAACAGGGGAAGAACUCUCAUGCCAUGCCGUUUUCUCAAAUGCAUUUACACUUCUACUGAGGUCAUGGAGAUUUGAUCAUCCACCUCUUGAAAAUAUGAUGGGAGACUUGCCGACUAUGGCAUCCCAACGGAGUCUCGAAUACCUUUUAUUGGUCCGAAACUCUCGGUUAGCAUCUAGAACAACUAGGGAUCGGCUUAAAAGCAAAAGAAUUUCAAAGUUUCUCAACUUUUCUGUUGAGCCCGUAAUUAUGGAAUCUUUUCCAAAAUUGAAACUCUGGUAUCAACAGCAUCUAAAAUGUAUUUGUUCCACCCUCUCUGGACUUGUACUUGGAACCCCUGUUCAUCAGAUUGUUGAUGCUCUCUUGAAUAUGAUGUUCAGAAAAAUAAAUAGAAGUAGUCAGCCUACAACUUCAGGCAGCAGUACCUCAUCUGUGUCAGGGAAUGAUGAGACCUAUAUUAGACUCAAAGUGCCAGCAUGGGACAUCCUAGAAGCAACUCCAUUUGUGCUUGAUGCUGCUCUAACAGCUUGUGCUCACGGAAGACUUUCUCCCCGUGAAUUGGCUACAGGACUCAAAGAUCUUGCUGAUUAUCUUCCGGCUACUCUAGCGACCAUCGUGAGCUAUUUUUCGGCUGAAGUAACACGAGGAAUUUGGAAGCCAGCUUACAUGAAUGGAACUGAUUGGCCAAGCCCUGCCGCGAACUUAUCCACUGUUGAGCAGCAGAUAAAAAAGAUACUUGCCACCACUGGUGUUGAUGUACCAAGCCUUUUAGUUGGAGGGAGUGCUCCAGCUACACUUCCUUUACCCCUGGCUGCCUUGAUUAGCCUUACAAUUACUUAUAAACUUGAUAAAGCCUCUGAACGUGCUCUCACCUUUAUUGGGCCAGCGUUGAAUUCCCUAGCUAAUGGUUGCCCUUGGCCAUGCAUGCCUAUCAUAGCCUCACUAUGGGCUCAGAAAGUGAAGCGCUGGAGUGACUUCCUGGUGUUCUCUGCUUCUCAAACUGUCUUCCACCACAACAGUGACGCUGUAGUUCAGCUUCUUAAAGCCUGCUUUACAUCCACUCUUGGCCUAGGUUCCUCAAACAUUAACUGCAACGGUGGUUUGGGUGGACUACUUGGCCAUGGAUUUGGUUCCCACUAUGUUGGAGGGAUCUCUCCAGUUGCCCCAGGGUUUCUGUUCUUGCGUGUGCAUCGAUCCGUCAGAGAUGUUAUUUUAUUGGCAGAAGAGAUUGUAUCCCUUCUCAUGCUUUCUGUUAGAGAGAUUGCAAAUUGUGGGUUACCUAGAGAGAAAGUGGAUAAGCUGAGGAAGACCAAAUAUGGGAUGAGAUAUGGGCAGGUUUCCUUUGCUGCGGCCAUGUCACGUAUCAAGCUUGCAGCGUCACUUGGAGCUUCAUUAGUUUGGAUUUCUGGUGGACCAACCUUAGUUCAGUCUGUGAUUAAAGAAAUCUUACCUUCUUGGUUUAUAUCAGCCCAUGGUUCAGAGCAGGAAGGACGAGAGUCUGGAGGUAUGGUUGCUAUGUUGGGGGGUUAUGCACUUGCAUACUUUGCGGUGCUUUGUGGGGCAUUUGCCUGGGGAGUGGAUUCUUUAUCACCGGCAUCAAAGCGGCGUCCAAUGAUACUUGGGGCACACUUAGAUUUUCUUGCAAGCGCAUUAGAUGGUAAAAUAUCCCUUGGUUGUGAUUGGGCAACUUGGCGGGCAUAUGUAUUGGGGUUUGUGAGCUUGAUGGUAGGUUGCAUGCGGAAGUGGGUGCUGGAAGUCGAUUUGGAUGUAUUGAAGAGGCUAAGCAAGGGAUUGAGACAGUGGAAUGAGGAAGAACUGGCUGUAGCUCUACUUGGUAUUGGUGGGGUAGGAUCAAUGGGUGCAGCAGCAGAAUUGAUUGUUGAGUCCGAGUUUUAGGUGGUAGUGUGCAUGCAAGGCCAUGAGUUAUUUCCUCUUCCGAUCUCUACCUAUAAGAAACUCUAACGUUUACACUUUUUUUUUUUUCCAACUCGUUGGUAGGGAAACAUAGCUCUUGUAAAUUUGAAACAGAAUGUAAUUUUUUUUUUUUUUUUUUUUGGGGACUUGUGGGACUAUUAUUUCACGCUUAUAUCUUAUAGUCAAAAGGACAAAUCUUUUUAUUGUU